AUGUGGGACUAUUUAGGAGAUCUCGAGACUCUGUCGGGGGUGAUAAGCAGAGUAACAUCGAUCAAUGAAGAUGCUCUGACCAAGGAGCGUCUGAUCGAGUCCUUCAGCAUCGCCCAGCGUAUGUCCUGGGCCGCAGGCAGAAAGACGACUAGACUCGAGGAUCGUGCCUACUCUCUGCUUGGUAUCUUCGGCGUCAGCCUAUCCAUCAUUUAUGGCGAAGGUACUAGGGCUUUCGUACAAUUACAGGAUGAAAUACUUCGGGAAACGACUGAUCAGACAAUCUUCGCAUUUGGUAGAUCUUCACCAUACCUAGAAGAUUCCCAGGUGCGAAUGGAAAAUCUUCUAGCGGCUUCGCCGGACGAAUUCGCUGCGUGCCAUAACUUAGAGGUAACGCCGUGGCUGUCCCACAACCGAUUCGAGGUAUCGGGUCAGUAUGUCACAUUCAUGCAUCAGCAAUUUGAUCCAGCUUACGGCGUGGCACUCAGCUGCUGCGAUCACGAUCGGCCUGAAGUGACUCUCUUCUUGAGAUUACAAGGGACAGAAGGGCUACGCGACACAUGGCUGGCUCGUGGCCCCCUUCGGCUUUAUACACGGCCUAUACAAAGGGCCGGCUCUCCCAAAACAACUGCUGCGGUUCGCGUGAGGAGGACCGUCGAAUAUGCGAGUCGGACAUACUUCAAGUCUGGAUGCACGCUCCAUUGCGAGACUCGUUCGUUCUCGGGCCUGCAGCUGCGGUGCAUGGGUAGCCUUGUACCAGAUGGCCGACAUGUCGUUCUCGAAAACGAGCCUCGGCUGGGAUACAUCCAACACACCCUCAAGGAUCCCGAUGCCAAGCAGGCCGUAAUGGAACUCAUCUGCGAAACCAUGCCAGACACGAAGGUUCGACUUGAGGUGACCAUCCGGCCGCGUGUGACCAUCAAAAUCGCUGGACAAGAUGGCAAAUUACCGCCGAUGUCGAGCUUUCUCGCGGGCCGCCGGGCAGAGGCGAAUGAUUGUGCAUGGAUAGUGCUCGAUGGUCGUGUUUUAAUCGUGAAGGCUUACUACAACGCCAAACUGCAUCCGGACCGGUCUGACUUGUAUGCUCUACGAUUCUCGUACCUCAGCUAUCCUCGUGCUAUGCUGGAACUGGUCAUCGCAUUCUGUUCCCGCGUUAUCAUCUGGCUGCUCAUUGGUAAUCCACUAAGGACUCGUUCAAGUGGUUUGACGUGCGUUUCGUAUUAG